GAUUACCUGUUAUACUCUCCCACCGACGCAGCACUAGUUUCUUUAGAAACGUAGCCCCUUUAUUGUGAUAGAUAACUUUAGUUUUACGACGCUCAAUCGAAAAGCACUCUAUUCAUGGAAUGACUGUCUGACGGAUAAUCUCGAUCUUUCUUUAUAACUAGAGGAUACUUUUGGUCUUCGUCAUUACUUUUUCUAAAAAAUUCAUACUUGAGAAUGUGGACACCUGUCAGACUCCUGAUUAAUAUCCUGCAGUGUCCUUUUUCAGUUAUGUAAAAUUGUUUCACAAUUUGCUAGGCUGACAUCAACCAGACAAACUUUCAUGAACAUCCCCGGUCAAAAGAGAAAAGAUGGUCAUGAGUCAAAUCACGCCUAAUCCUGGAUAUCUCAAACUUCCUUUUCUCUUAAACUUGGUUCGAACCUGUUUUAAAGUUUCGUUCGAAACGUCAUGUCUGUUAUAGGAAGGGGUAAUUAUUGAAUAACACUUUAAAAUAUGUACAAGAAAAAAAGAAACUUUGCACGUAUCCUCAGUUGCUAAAUUGUUUGGCUUAUACAAAAAUGGGUGACGGAACCUGCAGUGCUCAAAAUUCUCCUUUAAUACUGCCUAAGGUUAUGCUGUUUUUUUGUUUUACCGGUUUAUGUAAUACUGCACGUAAUUUCAUGGUAGGGUGAUUUCAUUUAUAAUCGAAAUUAGUCGAAAAGCCGUUGUAAAAUGCGACUUUCUCAUCCCUUUUUUAAACUUUGAAAAUCCAAAUUCGUGGAGGUUUGCAUCUUUUUAAGCGAAAAAACAACAAGUUCGUCAUCGUCAAAGAGUGCAAUAAUGGGCUGUUUGUUGAUAAACUGAAAGAUGAUGCCGCGAAAAACAGUAAAAUUAAAAUUAGCAUUUUGAGCAGGCUGUUUUUGUAUUGACGUAGGACAAGAUACGUGUCAAAAUUUCGUUUUAAAAUGAAUAUGCGUGGUCGUAAUUAUUUAGUCAAGUUUUUGAUAGUAUGUAUAGAGCACGUUGGUCUAGUAAGUUGAUACUAAAACACCAACCACCGUCACUCGAUUCAGCUUCGUUUUUGUAAGACAAUGUUGAAUGCCUCUGAUCCAAAUUACGAUUUUUAUCUGACGAUAAUCGUGGACAAAGCAUACUGGUCGAGUUUGGCUGCAGCAGGAUUCAUUUUAGCGAGUAUCAUUAUUAUAGCAAAUUCAGCCCUGCUCUUCACGACAUAUAAAGAUCCUCAAAAGUCGCUCCGAAAAUUACCUGCGGUUUUACUGAUCACAAAUUUGAGCCUGUCUGAUCUUCUGUUGGGGUCUUUGAAUGUUUUCCUGGUUGCUUUGAGAGAUGUGUUUCGAUCUAGACUCGAACACAUACCUCACAUUGUGGUUUUUAAGUCGAUCGUGUACACAGUGCUCUCUACGACUCUAUUUGUAAGCAGUUAUUCCAUUAUCGCCAUGUCAAUAGCUUGUUACGUAGCGAUCAACUCUCCCGUGGAUUACAAAUCAAUUAUUACAAAGGGAAGACUCAAGGUGUUUAUCGCUGUAUUAUGGUUUGCAUCCAUCGCAAUGUGUUCACUUCCUCUAACUCGCUUAUCAGAGGAAACGUACACACUUAUAUACCUUCAUACUCACAUUUCUCUGCCUGCCGUAUUUUUAACGUUCAUCUACGCCAACGUUUUCCUCUCUCUCGUUUCUCAAACGCGUGAACUUCAAACUGGUGGGUACGAUUCUGUCGCGAGGUACUCCUUAGAACGUGAGAGACGAAUGGCCAUUACUAUUGCAAUCAUUCUAGCGUUGUUUUACAUCACAUAUAUUCCACAAUACGUCACUCUUCAUUUGUUGUACUUUUGCAAUCGCUGCCAGCAAUCGGUAACUUUUCACAAGAUCGACGUAGCGUCUUCCAGAUUUUUGUACAUAAAUUCGGCCAUAAAUCCCUUCAUCUACGCUUGGAGAGUCUCCCAGUAUCGCCGAGCGUUUUUACAAGUUUGGCAGAGUUUUUUCGGAACCUCAGGAGCUACUUCACAAUCUUCAUCGUCGCUCAACUCGACGCAGAGACGUACUGCUUUUAGUGCACACAGUCCAGGGAUAGGGAGACCUUUGUAUGGCAAGGCAAAGGCUGAUUGUGAAAGAUGUGGAACAACCAGCGUUUGAAAUGCGAAAAGGGUAACAUUCGUUAAUCACUUAUUGAUGACAGAUUUUAGGAUGGAGUUGAUUUACAGUAAAAAGUUCCCGUUUUUUCCAGCACUGUUUUAGUUCAAUGAUUGCCUAAGCGAGAAGGAUAUCGAACCCUGCUAGCUCGACACACCGAGAAGCUCGAGUUAGCAGACUGAAAGUGAAAAAAAGUGUUCCUCAAAGGAAUUGGCUUCAAGUUCGAGCUGGCGAAAGGUUCGAAUUAACUGCUUUCAAGCCGUCUACCCUUGAAAGUUCGCUUUAACAUAUGAAUUGUUAAUGUAAAUUAUUAAUGAAAAAUUGCCAGCAAAUUAAAAUGAUAAACAAACCAAUUCAUCUGUGUGAGCACUUGUGCUCUUUCUCACCUGAGUUAAUUACGUAUGUAAGUGCAAAUGCGAACAGCUUCCAGGCUGUUACGUGCGCAGGUAUCGGCUCAAUUCCUUUUGAAAUCUCGGUAGAAUCUCACGAUUGAUGUUCACGCUUUUUGUUUUUUACUCUCUUUUUUCCGUAGAUGGAAUUCUCUUUUGUAAUUGUAAUGAAGUUGUAGUUUGGUGUGUCUGAAUAAAUUUGCCGUGUCGCGGUCUGUUCUUAA